GUUUGUUUAGCAUGACGAAAUGUUUUGUUUUGUUCUCCGGUGAAAUGAGUCUGAGGAGCUAAAGCUGGCAGCUACGACGGCAAACGCUUUUCAGGAUGAAUACCCUCCAGGCUCUGUGUCUUUUGGCUGCAUGCAUCUCUGUUGCCCAGUCCUUGGACUACAAGGCACUCCACCAGUUUAGAAAAAUGAUCCUGUGUCUGAAGCCUGAUAGCUGGCCAGUUUUAGACUACGCUGACUACGGCUGCUACUGUGGGAAAGGAGGCUCCGGCACACCUGUGGAUGAACUGGACAGUUGCUGCUACGUCCAUGACCAGUGCUAUAAUGAUGCUAUGCAACACCCUGAGUGCUGGCCCAUCUUUGACAAUCCUUACACCGAGUUCUAUGACUACAACUGCGACAAGAACAACAAGAAGGUCACAUGUGGCAGCUCAAACAACGAAUGUGAGAUGUUCAUCUGUGAGUGUGACAGGAAGGCCGCCGAGUGUUUUGCCAGAUCACCUUGGAACCCUGAGCAUGAGCACCUGCCCAGCGACCAAUGUCAGUAGAGACCCAACAACUGUUUCAAACAUCUAUUUUUGUAGUUUUCACAAGUGACAGAAACAAUUUGCUUCGGAUCCAUGGAUUAUUAAAAAUACUUACAAAGGCCGUAUCCCUUUGCCACCAGAGUGUCGUGUAUGGUGACACACUGUGAUUUUGGUGACCUAUAACCAACCGUCAUACCCUCCAUGUGCUGAAUUACUCUUGUACUUCACCUGACAAUAAACACAAUUAGAUAUGCAUCUCUCAUUUGAACUCACACUCAAUUUUAACUCGUUAACUAAUUUAUUUAAGAGUAUGAUCUUACUCAAGUUACCGUAGAGGGCACUGUGGUGCACCUUUUUCUUUUCUAAUCUGUAAAAGUAAUCUAGAGUGUCUAUGUACAUACAUAUAUGUAAUACUUUCACUUAAU